AUGUCUCGGCGCUCCAAGCACAAGAUUCUACCAAUGGCUGCGUCCAAAGCCGCACCCAAAGCUACGCGUGAAGCUACACGUAAAGCUACACGUAAAGCUACCCGCAAAGCCAUGCGCAAAGCUGCCUCCACAGCUACUUCCACAGUUGCUUCCAAGACUGCUUCCAGGGCUGCCUGCCAUUUCCUUCGUAUCCCAAUCGAGAUCCGUCUCAAAAUAUACGGCUACCUCUUACUCGAUCCUCCACGCGCAUCCUUGAAGCCAAAUCAGUACGAACACACAUGGCUCGGACCGGAGGAUGAGGAUAUGGACUCUGGUAGCAUGGGCUAUGGUAGCUUCCACACAGACGUCUACCGUGAUUCAGACUCUGAGGAUGCCAUGUUCGACUUGGACGACUUCAACCCGUACGGCAUCCCCAUGGGCGACAUGUGCGACGGCAUGUUCAAUGACGUUUAUAACCUUGGUGGUGCUAUGAGUAUGACCUUCGGGAAUGACAUGUUCGACUAUGGGGACGAUCAUUCUGAUGACAGGGGCUUUGAUCGAAUGGACGACGAAGACGAGAGCGAGAACGAAAGCGGUCCCUCGAGAGGAAUGUUCGGGACAGAGCCGAUGAUCAAGCGACAUCUAGCAAUCCUUCGCACGAACCGUCAGAUCUAUAAUGAAGCUUCCGUUUUGCUCCACUCGGAUCUCACCCUCGAUGUGAAUCCUGGUGAUGCAGUGACGGAUGUUCCUGGCAACGCUGUUGUGAAACAAACCAAGAAGAUCUGGCGUCAUUCUCCACACAUGGGUCUUGGUUUGACAGACUCCAAUGGCCAGACGGUGUACAAGUCGUGCCCCUUGGACGGCUCCGUGGAACCUCACGUCUUUGCGCGGUUUGAGAGGAUAUCUUACAACGCCCAAUUCUUCUUUGAGGGUGACGACGCUGCUCCAUGCCUCUUCAUUAACGAUGAUCUGAGUGUAAGAGCCGAUGACGCAGCCAAGUAUGUCUCGUAUCUGACCACAGCCAAGGGUAUCACGCGAUGGUUUGAGGAUCCCAUGUCCGGCCGCCCUUUUGACAAUGGUCGUAGGGAAACACUCAAAGACGUGGCAGAUAUCACCAUUUCCAGCGUCACUGUUACCCAACCGUCAACCGCAGAAAUCAUUCAAAAGUUUGUCGAUCUGGUGUCAAAGUCACCACUGAUCCGACACCUCGAAGUCAACCUCGAUCUCGAGGUCAGAUGCGAAAAUGUAAGGCGCAAAGAAUGA